CUCCCCGCAAUCCUCCCGUCACUUUGUUCGUUUUCCCAUCACGACGCGCGCCCUGAGCUAUGACGGUGCAUCCAUCCGAUUGCUUGUGAUACCCUGAAUUGUUGUAGCUUUGAUUCACUUGUUUCCUUCGUCUACUCUUCCAUAACCUCCCUUGGUCGGCCAUCUGACCAGCCCCUCCACGAUGCUACACUAUCGAACACAGGGCUAUAAUGGCUAUGCGGUAAAAUAUUCGCCUUUCUUCGAUAAUCGCUUAGCCAUCGCAAGUGCAGCCAAUUUUGGCCUGGUCGGUAAUGGCCGGUUGUACGUUCUUGAGCUCACGGCUAAUGGAAUCGUACCUGUGAAAUGGUUCACCACACAAGAUUCCCUCUACGACCUUGCCUGGUCUGAAAUCCACGAGAACCAGGUCCUUGCUGCCUCGGGCGAUGGCAGCAUCAAGCUCUACGACACAACCGCCGAUGAUUUUCCCAUUAUGAACUGGAAAGAACAUGGUCGGGAGGUUUUUAGUGUGAAUUGGAAUCUUGUGGCAAAAGACCGCUUCUGCUCCAGCAGUUGGGACGGCACUGUUCGACUCUGGACACCUCAUCGCCAGCAGUCCAUCCUCACCCUACCUACUCACAGCUGCACCUACUCCGCCGCCUUCUGCCCACAUAACCCCGAGCUCAUUUCAUGCGUCAGUUCGGACUCCUAUAUUCGCGUCUUUGAUCUCAGAACGCCCGCCUCUGCUUCCAACCACCUCGUCGUCCAGAUACCCAACCACGCAGCCCCAGUGACACCCGCCAUUCCUGGUCAACCAGGCAUGCCUCCAGGCGCGGCUCAACCGGCCGAGAUCCUCACUCAUGACUGGAACAAAUAUCGUUCUACAGUGCUUGCAACAGCCGGUGUGGACCGAGCCAUUCGCACAUUCGACAUUCGUGCCCCGCAACAGGGACCUCUGGCCAUCAUGCUUGGCCAUGACUACGCGAUUAAGAAAAUGGCUUGGUCGCCACAUCUAUCAGACGUCCUCUUGACGGCAAGUUACGAUAUGACUUGCCGCGUUUGGAGUGACCGGUCAAAUGCUAGCGGGGCUGGCGAUGUGGACCUUAUGCGAUCUGGUCCAGCGGGUCCGGUUGCCGGCUCGGAGCUAGGAAGAAUGGGACGACACACAGAAUUUGCUACCGGUGUAGACUGGUGUCUGUUCGGAAGUGAAGGCUGGUGUGCCAGUGUCGGAUGGGAUGAGAGCCUUUAUGUGUGGGAUGUGCGAGGAGUGAUCUCGCCGUGAAUGAUUCCCCCUUUCUAGUUUGAUGUAUUCAUCUAGCUAUCUAUUACCAAGCCGUAUCUACAAACGGGCAUGCAUAGACAUGCUUGGAGAAAGCCUCCAGCAAUCAUCAUGAUUCGACACAAUGGCUUCUGAAAUGUUUAAACAGGUUCUGUCUCGUAUAGAGGAGAAGCAGAGGCUAGAUAAGAAGAUCGACCAGCCUUUUGUUUUGACCCGAGGGGACCAGGAUGUAUAUGGAUAUUAAUCAUUUCAUUUCGUAAAUUUUAUGUCCAUGUGGAAGCGCUUCCCGGUCAUGAUGAGUAGAUCAUAGAUCCACAAGGAAAUUCACGCUUGGUCUAUCAUAGUUGCUAUGACGCUGAGCUUCCCCGUGGGUUGAAUGUUCACCACGGAAAAGCACCAGCGGCCAAUGUGGGGAAGGCUUGCAAACCACAGAAAUCCAAAUGCAUCACUGUCGCACAAGAUCUUCCGGAUUUUGAACCAUCCAAUGUAAUAUUUAGGCCUCAAACGGCCAGUAAUGUUCCGUUUGAAGGCCUGAAACCAUAGAAACCACUUUAUCUGGCCAGGCGACCCUCCGUCUUCUUGCGCUCCGAGUCCCGGACCUGAGCAAUCUCGUCCUUGGUAGCGUUGACCGCAACGUGUACUUGGUUGAAGGGGUUCUCUUCGCUCUUUUCAAACUCCUUCCGGCAAAUGUCAAUGCGCUGCUGUCGGCGCAGGCCUGGGUUCUCUUGUUCGAUCUCCGGAAGCCGACGGGCCUCAAACGCCGCAUAUGCCGCCUUGAAUCGUCGCUCGGGGUGACGCUCAACCUUGGAAGUAUCCUUGUUCGUCAGGGACAGAGCGUCUAGCGCAUUGUCGAUACCAGAAGCGUUCAGGGCUGAGCUCUUCUUGCUGGAGAAAGAGUCAUCGAGUUGUGAAAGGUCGAGGCCGCGGGUCUUCUUCUGUGCCGUCUUUGCGCCAGCACCCUUGGCCUUGGCUGGCUGGGAGGCUUCUUCUUCAGCUAGGAGGGCUUCGCGCUCAGCCUUCUUGCGGGCAGCUUCGGCUUUCUUGGCUUCGGCAUCAUCCCUGUGGAUGGAAGAAGAGUCAAUGUUAGCUUAUCCGCCCUCGGGUGGAAUUUGGCUUGAA